AUGUUGAAACCGCCUGCCUCGUGCCUGUUUGCCCCGAGAAGAACUCCAUCGAUCAAGUUCCUCAGAACCUCCACACUCGUCUUCCCAGAGCCCAUCCCCAUCCCAAAUAUCAACUUCCUCGCCAAGACCCACAGCAAUAUGUCCACGCAAUACGCCAACAUGCAGCCGAGCGGCUUCAGCAACCGCGUGCGCAAUAUCGCCAUCGUCGGCGCAGGCGGCAGCGUAGGCAGCUACGUGGCGCGCGCACUCCUCGGAACCUCACAGCACGUUGUAACAGCACUCAGCCGCAAGGACAGCAAGAACAAGCUGCCGGCCGGCGUGAUUGUGAAACACGUGGACUACGACGAGCCGUCGACGCUGGUAACUGCUCUCCAGGGCCAAGACGUGCUGAUCAUCACGAUGAACGUGAUGGCACCCCCAGACACACAGCGGAAGCUCAUCGCCGCGGCCGCCGAGGCCUCGGUGCCCUGGGUGCUCCCGAACGAAUGGGGCGCGGACCCGUCGCAGACGGCGCUCAUCCGUGACGCGUUCCCACACAACACGUACGCGGCGACGCGCGACUACAUCGACGAGCUCGGCGCGAGCAGCUGGAUCGGUAUGAUCUGCAGCUUCUGGUACGAGUUCUCGCUGGCGGGCUCGCCGUCCCGCUACGGCUUCGACUUCAAAGAGCGCACCGUCACGUUCUUCGACGACGGCGAGACGAAGAUCAACACCAGUACCUGGGAGCAGUGUGGGCGUGCGGUGGCGGCGCUGCUGAGCCUCAAGGUCCUGCCGGACGAUGAGAACGACAAGAGUCCCUCGAUCUCGCGCUUCCGGAACGACUUUGUCUAUCUGUCUUCGUUCAACGUCAGCCAGAAGGAUAUGUUUGCGUCGGUGCUGCGUGUCACGGGCGCCAAGGAGAGCGAUUGGACGGUCAAGCAUCAGAGUUCCAAGGAGAGGUAUGAUGAGGGCGUGAGUAUGUUCAAGGCUGGGAAUAGGCUAGGCUUUGCUCAGCUGAUGUACACGCGGGUCUUCUACCCGUCCGACGAGGGCAAUUACGAGAAACGUGGCUUGCUGACCAAUGAGCUCUUGGGCCUGCCGGAGGAGAAGUUCGACGAGGCGACCAAGAGAGCCGUUGAUAUUGCCCAUGGGGAGGGCACGGCUUAUUGA